AAUUAACAUGAUCCUAGUGGGUGAUAGAAAAAUCUACGCGCCAUAUAUUUCCUUGGAAAGAUACUUGGAAAAGUAUUUUCGACAGGAAUUCCAAUAAUUUGCACGAGAUGCAUGCCUGCGUUUGCGUUAUCUCAAGCCCAGAGUUUCCCCGGCACAACUGCCCGAGAAACUCUGGGCCCGAAUUUGUCAGUGUCCAUCGUCCGCCAUUAUUAUUUUUUCUUUGUAUUGAACGUGAUUUCCUUGUUGAAAUGCUCUCUUCCCUGGAUUCGGUCGGAUAAUUUUUUCCUUCCAUAUGGCUUAGUAGAUAAUGAGUGAAGUCGACAUGAGGGACAAUCCAGAAUUAGACUUCGGUGAUCUUGGAAAGAAAUGGAUAAGCCGAGUGCGGCAGAUAAGAGACUUCCAAAGUAUAUUCAUGAAACAUCUUUCAGAAUACGUAUAUAAAUGCUUUGAACUGCAUUCUGAACCGAAUCUGAAAGUUCUGAUCAACGAAAAGAAAUGUCAGAGAAUGAUAUUUGGUCCAUUGGAGUACUUCGUUUGUGGCGAGGAUCCCACGAUCGGAUUUCAAAAACUGCAGAGCAAGAAUGCUCCUUCUCAACUUUGUGGGAGAGUGUUUAAGGUCGGCGAACCAACCUAUUCAUGCAGGUCUGUGCACUACAGUCAAAUUCAAAAGGAUUUUGUUGAGGAUGAUCACGAACACAAUGUAUCAUAUUUGUUAUUCUCUGGCUGUAAAUUACAGAUGAACACCUCUGGAGGUGGAGGAUUUUGUGAUUGUGGUGAUGCUGAGGCCUGGAAGGAUGGUGUGGCCUGUGACACACAUCAACACACAGGCGAUACUGACAUGGAUGAGAAUCCAAUGGCUAAGCUGCCUCAGGAUGUACUGGAACGAGGAGUUGACAUUUACAGUGUUGUUUUAAAUUACUGCAUUGAUCUCAUCUGCUGGGACAAAACGGAUGAACUCCCAGAUUACCUUGAUGUAACUUGUAAUGAAGACACCUUUGCCACAGUAUUGUUCAAUGAUGAAGUUCAUACUUAUGAGGAGGUGAUACGAACAUUACAGCAAGCAAUUCCCAGGUGCACCCAAACCCAGGCUCUAGCUUAUGCUAAUAUUGUGGACAGGGAGGGAAGAUCCAUUGUAAGAUCAGGAAGUUAUAGUGAAUGUGAGCAUUCCAGAAGAUUGAUCAAGCAAGGCACGUCAGGACCUAGUCAUAAACCACUGAAGUGCCGUGUGAUGCAUCAUAAAGUCAUCGCUCAUCAAAUGUGUGCUGUUCAGAUGCUAGGCUGGCUAAAUAAGAUCACAAAUUAUUCAGAUGGUCUCAGGCGAAUCCUUUGUAACACUGUCCUUAUACCCAAAGAAGAUUCUGAUCUUCUUAGCAGAGUGCUCCUAUCUGACUCGACAUUGUGGAAAGUUGCGAGAGCCCACACCCACAAGUUGUUCAUGAACACAAUGUUGAUGGAUCCUGUGGGAAAGAAAGCAUUUGCUAUUCAUUUCACCAAGGUGGCAUCUUUAUCAGUUCAACUGUAUACUGUCCCCACAAUAGGACGAAUGUUAAUAUUAGAACGUAAUGUAUUGGAAGUGAUUCUUUGGGCAUUUAUGGACCAACUGCAGCCUUUCCUAAAUGAUCAGGGAACCUUUGAGUUUCAGAAGCAAUCUCAAAAACUCAAAAGAGCCCAUUUCAUGAUCACAGACCUGAAGUAUAUUCUGCUACACAAGCCGACAGAGUGGACAGAGGAACUGCGAGGAAAAUUCAUUAAGUUUUUGGACAAGUUCUUUGGGUUGCUUAAAUGUAUGCAGGGAAUGGACAUGGUAACCCGUAAAACUGGUCGGCAUAUCGAAACAGAACCUGACUAUGAAGGAGCAUUCACCUUACAAAUCAGAAUGAUGCCAGUUUACGCGCUGGUUUAUGAUUGGUGCUUUAGUGACGUGCUGAUCUUCAGGACAGCCAUCCUUGAAUCUAUCAAAACACUUCUUGAAGCGAGGAAGAAGCAGGAGGAAGUUGUUAUGAAAGUCUUGCAAGUGUCUGGACGUUCUUUGAGGUUGUUUAAGUAUGAUGUUUCGUCUUCACCCAUUUCUGUUCAUUUACCGGUCUCAAGAUUCCUCGCAGGUCUUCUGCUGUUCUGUGACAAGUUUCAACUGUCCUUUUGGGAUCUGUUUGGGUUUGAAACUCAGGAUGACCGACUGAAGCUGUUCUUAAUGGAGUACCCGCUUCGUACCCUGGUCAUGGUCGCACAAGUUCAAGCUGGAAUGUGGCGAAGGAAUGGUUACUCUGUGAUUAAUCAGGUGUUUAAUUAUUUGAAUGUGAGAUGUCGGGCAGAUAUGUUUGACAAGGAUGUAAUGAUGUUACAGGUUGUGGCGUCCUUUUUGGAGAGUGAUUACUUCAUGCUAGCCAUGCUGGACAAGUUUGAUCUGGUGGAUUGGUCCAGACACGACUUUGACGAUACAAAAUAUGACCAGAUUUCCCUUUUGUCAACAGGUGAGCGGUACAUGCCUGGUGUUGGCCGUGUGUCAGCGGAUGACUUCAUGAGACGUGAGAUUAUCCACAAGUUAUGCCUGCGUCCCAUGACCCAUAGCGAACUUAUCAAGGCUCUUCCACUGCUGGACAACGAGUUAGAGGACGAGGAAGGCGUGGAUGGAAUCAUUGAAUCUGUGUCAAUCUUUAAGAAACCUGGAGUUACAGGACGAGGAUUGUAUGAACUGAAAGAAGAAUAUCUCAAGGACUACAAUCCAUUUUUCUAUCACUACACGCGGAUUGAACAGUCUAAGGCUGAGGAACAGCAAAGAAAGAGGGUGAAAAAGGAAAACGAAGUUAAAGGCGGUCCACCACCCAUCCCCCCCGAGUUCUGUACACCGUUCAGCAAGGUGUUGAAUGUGUUGUGCUGUAAAACGCUUGUUGGACUCAUGAACUCUCUGAUUAGAAGAGCAACCACUGCACAACCCAGAGCUGUUACAGAUCUCCUGGUACAACAGGUUCUUCAUGUGAUUUGUCUUGCUCUUCACGAAGAAAAAAGACACAGGAUGAAUCAAAAGACUGAUGCGUUUAACUUUAUUUCCAUGGCAACUUCAAAACAAGAUCAUCCUCAGUCUCUUCUAGCGUCACUGGAGAGCCUUCAAAGUAGUGAAGUGAUCGAGGAACACUCUGCGCAGCUCGACUGGAUUAUUAAGGUAACUUGUUCACUUGGACUGAGAAUCAAAACAAGACUUCUUUGUUGCUGGGUCAUCGCGCUACUUGAUGGCUUCAUGAGUGACUCUUUGGAUACCUGUGUUGUCACGGCGGCAAUGACUGUUACCAAGGAAAGGAAUAAUUCUUCGCAACGAAAGGAAAAAAGAAAAUUGAUUGCUUGGGAAAUUCAAUAUGGCUGCCGUGAUACAAAUGUUGAGAUGAAUUUUUUAAUUUUCUGUUGGCAGGUCAACAGUGAUGGGCGAGCCAUCGUUAUGGCCUCUUUCGUCCAGCGCUCGACCGUGUUGUCUCGUUCCCGCGGGAAGAUGUUCGACAACGGUGACGAGCUGGACCCGCUGUACACCCCAGGGGACCAGUACUGGGGCGUUCAUGUCAGCAGCUGUGGUCACAUGAUGCACAGUGACUGCUGGCAGGGAUUUUACACGUCUGUUGUAGUGAAGGAACGAAGAGCUUUGCGUCUUGGCCAGCAUUUUAGUGUGGAUGUCACUAGACGAGAGUACCUGUGUCCACUGUGUGGGUGCAUCAGCAACAGUGUUCUGCCUGUAUUACCUGCACUGUUUAGCGGACGGGGAGAGGGUGUCGAGGAAGUUACAGGUCCAGAAUUUUUAAGCAGUGUACAGGAUUUGGUGUCGUCAAAUCUCAGUUUGUUAUCCGAUGAAGAUGAAAAGAAAGGAAAGAAAGUCUUAUCUCCAGUUCCCGAGAGGUUCCAAGCAGUAUUUCAAAAUCUUCUGAAAACUGGAACGAAGUUUUCUGACGAUCUGAAGGAAAUGAUGAAGGUUUUCUCGCAGUCUUGUUUUACGGUUGGUUUGGGUGUUGACCCUAAUGAAGAUGACAGACGUGUUCCUCUGCUGGUGUUGGAAGCGUGCACUUACACCAUACAAAGUGGAGAGAGUGCUCUAAGAACAAAUUGCCAACCUCUUUUUUCAGGACUUACAACUCGCCAGUCUCAGUGUAUGGCGGCCUUAACGCGUCUUGCUGCAGUUGUGUCGGGGAUCUCUCCCAGCAAAGUCGUUCAACGCCACUGUCUUCGAUUGCUGUCCGUCCUAACUCCUGACGCGGUUCCAGGUGAUGAGGGUCCCUCCCUCCUGGAAUUGGAUUUGUUCAGUUUAAUGGUAAAGCUCCGCCUGGCGCUACCGAGCAUGUUACAUCAGGAGUCUGGUGAUGGGGGCGCGUCACCUGUCUUGAAGAGCAUUGUGGGUCUAAACUCUCCAGUUACAAUUGAUCAGAGUGUGUUUCAGCUGACAUUGAUGGCGCGUGUUGUUCAAAUUCUUCUCAGUACUUCCCCUGAUCUGCCAAGUGCUGAAAACGAAGAUGAAUCAAUGGACCAGGAAGAGCCUCGUCAAAACGAGACUGCUAAUUUGGCUGCCCUGUGGGGUAAACUGAGGCACUGGGCCGGUUCCCAGUCCGCUACUCCACACCCCAUGCCACUGGAGCUUCUUGGUCACGCGAAAACACAGUUGUUACCAUUCCUCCGCUGUUCAGCUUUGUUCUUCCAUUUCCUGACCGAAAUUCCAGGACCAGCACUCUUGAAAGAUCCCAACCGGCCGUCACUGUCCGAGGAGCUGGAGAUCUUGAGCCGAUACCUUUCAGUGCCUAAAGACACGACGUGCUUAUUGCAGUGGAAUCACGACAGUGCUUGUAUAAGCUCGUCCACUAUCUCUACCACCAUCAAAAGAUGGUGCAGUCACGAACAAGUCAAGAAAACUUUGGCUACUGCAGGAGUGGAAUCUCUUGGUUAUUCUAUUGAACCCAAUCAUUUGCUGAAGAUUCCUGUGGACUAUAGUGAGCUUAUCAACGAAGCUUCAAUGUUUACUAUUUUAUGGCUACUUUGUUCUAGUUCCCAGUCCGCUACUCCACACCCCAUGCCACUGGAGCUUCUUGGUCACGCGAAAACACAGUUGUUACCAUUCCUCCGCUGUUCAGCUUUGUUCUUCCAUUUCCUGACCGAAAUUCCAGGACCAGCACUCUUGAAAGAUCCCAACCGGCCGUCACUGUCCGAGGAGCUGGAGAUCUUGAGCCGAUACCUUUCAGUGCCUAAAGACACGACGUGCUUAUUGCAGUGGAAUCACGACAGUGCUUGUAUAAGCUCGUCCACUAUCUCUACCACCAUCAAAAGAUGGUGCAGUCACGAACAAGUCAAGAAAACCUUGGCUACUGCUGGAGUGGAAUCUCUUGGUUAUUCUAUUGAACCCAAUCAUUUGCUGAAGAUUCCUGUGGACUAUAGUGAGCUUAUCAACGAAGCUUCAAUGUUUACGUGCCCAAAUUCUGAUGGUGACGAUAGCCGUGCGCCAGCGCUUUGUCUGAUCUGCGGUGAAAUGCUCUGCUCUCAAAGCUACUGCUGCCAAACAGAAGUUGACGGAGACAAAGUCGGCGCCUGUGCUGCGCAUGCUCUGAAGUGCGGGGCAGGGGUGGGCGUGUUUCUACGCGUACGUGAAUGUCAGAUCCUGCUGAUGGCCAACAAGAACAAAGGAUGCUUUUAUCCUCCACCGUAUCUAGAUGCAUAUGGAGAGACCGACCAGGGACUGAGGCGGGGUAAUCCCCUUUAUCUUUGCCCUGAUCGAUAUCGCAAGCUGGAGAAGCUUUGGUUGAACCACUCAGUCGCCGAGGAAGUUGCGCACUGCCUGGAAUCCAAUAGAAACUUGUUGUCAAUUGACUGGACGAAUCUGUGACGGAGCUGCGUCACGCCAUCUUGAAGAAUUUAGCGUAAUUAUCGCAAUCCGUCUGAAUCCUUCCCUUAUCUUGACCAUCCUUGGUCCUUUUUGGGUCAUUAUGAUGUCUUGGACGUUUUCCUACUUAAAUUAACUAUUUUAAUUUUCCUUCGAUUUAAUGGAAUGCGGCUUCUUGUGGAUAUGAAUGACUACGGUAUUACAACCGCUUGGAAGCGCGGAGAUAAACUGUUGCCUCACAGCUUGAGGAAUGAGAGAAAGACCGAAAAAGUAACCGCUGGGAAAAGCAGUGGAAAACGCUGUAAACGUAUACUGCUAGCAGUUUCUCAUUUUUCUUUGUUCUUCGAAUGAUGCAAAAGAAAGCGCGUGAGGAAAAGGCUGCGCGCACGAUGGCUGAAAAGCACGCUUUCUCGUUGGCAAAUUUCGUAAGACCUUUUUUCUUGCGCGCUUUCCUUUGCGUCACGCUCGGCGAACUAAGUAAACAGAUGGGCUGCUCGUAAUCUAAUGUAAAUUUGAUCGCUCAUCAAAAAAGUUUGCAAUUUCAACAGUUCUCUUUCUCAACGCAGUCAAUUCUUUCCCCGUUCGAGAGACGUGUAAGAUUCCACCGAAAUUCCAUUCUGAUGACGUAAGUGUCUCUGGAGCUCAGUAUGGUAUUUUUCGGGUCCAGUCUCGAGCGAGGAAAUAAUUGAGCGAGGGAAGAAAGACUACAGCGUGGAGUCAGCGUGGCCGAGUGGUUAGAGCGCCGGACUUGAAAUCUGGAGGUGUCGGGUUCGAGUGCCCUUCUGGCCACUAGCUGAUGCUGUUCAUCCCCUUAGCCACGUUAGUUUAAGAAAGCUUGCCUGUACUUAUAGGCAACUGGUCUGACUCCUGCCAUUAUUUUAAGCCAUGUUAUGUUGAUUUAUGAUAUUUGUUUCACGGCUUGUUUCCAUUGCCUCCUUGGGGAGUGGUCAAUUUUUUUUUCAGUCAGGUCAGUAAUUGUAAAUGAUUGACUAUUGUUUUGCAAAACACGCGGACUUACACACUUGCUGCAACAGGGUAUAUAAUGUGACGAUUUACAUUUUUAAUUUUUUUCUGUGCGGGAAAUUUACAUUGCUUCAUUUUUGGAGUGGUGUGUUACAAAAAAAAACUGCUUGAAUGGAUGUGUAAAUAAUAUCCGAAUUAUUAAACGUUUGCAUUGCGCGAUUUUA